AUGAGCGACACCGUUGUUGAACGACGAGGCAACUCCAAAGAUGGCCACAUCCAUGUGAGCCUAAGCACAGCCGAUGAUGCGACUCAAAAUGACCAGAAUGACAUGGCACGUCUGGGGAAGCCCCAGCAAUUCAAGAGGAAUUUUCGAUUCCUCUCCACUCUUGGAUUUACCUGUACCUUGAUGGCAACUUGGGAAUCAAUUUUGCUUACAUCGAACCUGGGUCUGGUCAAUGGCGGCAAGGCCGCUAUGAUAUACAUCUAUAUCGCGACAUUCGUUGGCUUCUUUGCGUCUGUGAUAUCGAUGGCCGAGAUUGCUUCAAUGUCUCCUACCUCUGGUGGCCAAUAUCACUGGGUUAGCGAGUACUCGAACCCAAAAUAUCAAAAGUUCUUGAGCUAUAUGACAGGAUGGCUUUCGGUAUUAGGGUGGCAAGGAGGCUUUGCUAGUAUCUCAUUUCUGUGUGGAACUUUGAUCCAGGGCUUUCUCGUUCUUAAUGAGCCAUCUUACACCUACGAAAGAUGGCAUGGCACUCUUCUUACCUUCGCCAUCGCGCUAUUUGCCACAUUUAUCAACACAUACGCCGCUGGUCAGCUGCCAAGUUUAGAAGGCCUGAUUCUCAUCCUUCAUAUCUGCGGCUUUUUUGCCACGAUGAUUCCUCUUUGGGUAAUGGGCGAGAAAGCGGAUCCAAAAACGGUUUUCACUGAAUUUACCAAUUCUGCUGGAUGGCCAAGUUUAGGGUUGGCCGUUCUUGUUGGUCAAAUCACGCCUAUCUUCUCAUUUUUGGGUCCCGAUGGUGCCACCCAUAUCGCCGAGGAAAUUAAAGAUGCCUCAAGGAUUGUUCCCUGGUGUAUGGUUGCGACAGCCCUCAUCAACGGCACCCUCGGUUUCCUUAUUCUCAUCACCUAUCUCUUUACGAUGGGCGAUAUUGCUACUGUACUCGAACCCAGAAGCGGGUUUUCAUUUGUUUCUGCAUACACGAAUGCCCUUGGAAGUGAGCGUGGCGCCACCGCCCUAGCCUCGCUUAUCCUUGUUCUCGAAGUGUGCAGCGCAAUCAGUAUUCUAGCAACAUGCUCUCGGCAGACAUUUGCCUUCGCCCGUGACAACGCUCUUCCAUUUUCUCGAUGGUUCGCCAAUGUCAACCCCAAAUCAAAGAUCCCAGUCAAUGCCGUCCUUUUCACAACUGUCAUUACACUUCUCUUAUCCCUGAUUAACAUUGGCUCCACAGAAGCCUUUAACGCCAUCGCCUCUCUCACCGUCGGAUCCCUCUAUCUCUCCUACAUAGUCUGCGUUGGGACCUUUAUCACCCGUCGUUUGCGCCCCGAGCCCCUACCGCGAGCACGAUUUAGUCUCGGCAAAUUCGGCAUGCCGAUCAACAUUUUCUCUUUCUUUUAUAUGUGCUUCGCCAUCAUUUUCACAUUUUUUCCUAACCAAAGCAAUGUCACCCCGAUGACAAUGAACUGGUCGAUUUUAGUCUGGGGUGUGGUGAUUAUUUUUGCUGUUAUUCAAUACAUUUUGCAUGGUAGAAAAGUCUACGAGGGCCCGGUUGCAUAUGUUGAAAAGGCGCAAUGA